UUUCACCCCAAUCACUUUUCGACAAAACAUUUUCCGAGUUAUGGCGUCAUCGAUCAAAGAUAACGAAGGAUCAGCGUCCAGUCGACGUCCAGAGUCCAGUAACGACGCGGCGCUUGUAGCGCUCGCGGAAAAAAAAAGAACGAAAGUAUCUGAGCAGCGCCAUCGACAUUGACGUUCCGUCGAUCGAAUUCCGAAUUUAACCCCAAAUUAGGAGAGUUCGCGCGGUUUCCACACUCUCGUUUAUGUUUAUUCGUCUCCGUUGAAUCGUAAAACUCGAUCAAACAGGAAGCUCACGAUGCUGAGAAUAAGCGAUAGAAAAAGAGUGAAAGAGUCUCUCGAAUGAGCGCAGCAACUUGCGAUGCCAUAUUACCACAGCUUCGGCUGGUACUAUUUCGCCAAAUACAUUUUCGGUCUCGCUGGCAUGAUUUAUCUCUACACUGGCAUUUUCAAGGAAAAAUCUAUCGUUUGCCCCUGUCCAGCCGAGGAGCGACAACUCCAGCAACGCAAGGAGUCAAAUAAUGAAUGUUCUUCGACAGGCGACCAGUCCGAUGCUCCUGUUCAGAUCAGUUGCUGUGCUCAGACUCUCGGGCUUGCGGAUGUAAAAAACGAAAACGGAGUCCGAUGUCGAGGAAAAACGAAGCGAGAAAGUGCGGAGAAGGGUGUGGGCACAUCGCGAAAAAAUCUUAGAUCAAAGUACACCGCGUGCGAACAUAAUCGAAGAGAAAAAUCGACGAGGGGUUCGGAUAGAAGGUUAAAAAUUCGUGAGGGCGAUGGGCGAGGUCGGAACGUUGAUCGAGGGUUGCAGUGUCAAAGGUCUGGGAAAGAGGCAACGACGCGUGUAAAAUGCACGGGCGGUUCCGAGCUGGAGAAGAGGAAGGAGGAGGAGGACCGGAGAAUCCUGGACGCCGUCGCGAGGGCGAAAAUCCGAGCGAGGAGUUCGUUCGCCGAGCAGGAAAAUCUCGAGCUCGAAGCGUUCGUCCGUUCGAUUGUCGAUCGGGAAAUAUCGCGGAAGUGUCUUGUGGUCGGUGAAAAAAUAUCAACGUCGAGCGAAAUAAGUUCGACGAUAGAAAUGGAGGACAGCGAGGAUUCAGAGCUCCAGAGUUCCUCGAACGAGACUCGUCGCUUUCCGAAACACCGAGCGACCCGUCGUCGAAUGAAACAACCUUUGUGCAAAAAGCACUUUCCCCAGUCACCCACAACUUCUCUCACGUCCGUUCGCUCCCGAUCCGGCACCCCGUACUUCACAGCUUCAUCCAGAGGGAAAAAAAGACCGGAGUGCAAAAUUCAUGGCAAUCGUUUCCGAAACAAAGUUCAAUACGAACGGCCAAGAAAACAAUUAUUGCGUCCAAGAAUCGUCGAAUGCUCGGACGAAUCGGAACGCGAGAAAAAACCUUUGAGAUCAACCGUCGAUCGCCGAAAAAUAUCAAGUCGACGAAUUACUCGGUACAGAUCGAGUAUCGUAUUUACUUUGUAAUUUUAUUCUGUAUUUAUACUCUGAUAAACGCUUUUUUCCCUAUCCCACCUUUUUAUCGA